CUAACGGUCACAGCCUCAUGGGCUUGAAAGAACUUUUUCCCCCGAAACGUGACUUCAUUUAAACCCAAGGCCUCAACCCCCCCCAAAUCUCUACAUAUCCCGCGCCCUUUCACCACAGAAUUCUUGCACUAUCACUCUGCUCACUUCACUUCACUUCACUUCACACUCUGCUUAUAGAAACAAAAGAAAGAUGGACAGCUCAAGAAAAUCUCCGAUGAAACCGUGGAAAAAAGGCCCGGCUAGAGGCAAAGGCGGCCCUCUAAAUGCCUCGUGCUCAUACAGGGGCGUGCGCCAGAGGACGUGGGGCAAGUGGGUUGCGGAAAUAAGAGAACCCAGGAAGAGGACCCGACUCUGGUUGGGCUCUUUCGCCACUGCCGAGGAAGCAGCCAUGGCUUACGACGAAGCCGCUCGGAGAUUGUACGGCCCCGAUGCUUAUCUCAACCUACCCCACCUCCACCAUCAACAGCCGCCCAACUCCUCCAUUUUCUCAUCGAACGGGUCUCUGCAUCACAAGUUCAAAUGGUUCCCGUCCAAGAACUUCAUCUCCAUGUUCCCUUCAUGUGGCCUGCUCAACCUGAGUGCCCAGCCCAGUGUCCAUGUCAUCCACCAGAGGUUGGAAGAGCUCAAGAAGAAUGGAGGCUUUGGUGGCAGAGCUUUUCCUUCGUCGUCUUCCUCAGACUCAAGAAUCGACGUUAGGAGGGGAAUUGACACGGAAGUCGGUAAGUUGAAGGAGAAGGAGGUCGAGAUUUCAUGGGAGAGAGCCGCGGUGACGGGGCAUCCUGAAGAGAAGCCUCAGAUUGAUCUAAAUGAGUUCCUUCAGCAGAUGGGAGUCCUGAAAGAAGAUAGCCAGUCGGAAGAAGUUGUUGACGUGAGUGGAACUGAGGAAGGUCCGUUCAAGGAUUAUGAACAAAUAGUGGCUUUUGAUGAGAAGGGAUUCAAUUGGGACAGUUUGAUGGAGAUGCAUGGUUAUGCUGAUCAACAAGUUUAUGCAGAAGGCAGCACUUGCCAGGUUUGUGACAUUACUGAGGAGCUCACUUUGCCUUCCACCAUCUGGAAUUUCUGAAAGGAGCAUCUGACACUGACACUAGGAGAAUAGUUUUCAUACAGUUCGAAACCAGUUUACAGAGUUCAAUGAGAGAGAGAGAGAGAGAGAGACUUCUAGAGUCUUAUGAUUCGUCGGAAUACUGACAGUGUAGAAUGUUGAUCCCACAAUUUCGGCAUUUAUUUUCACCUUGCAUUAAAUACUUCAGUCUUCAAACCUAAAGAAUUAACAGAAAGCUUCACUAAAGUUG